AUGGCCACUACAAUCACUGUUCAGAAAUUACUUCUUGAACGAACAUACUCUCCCGAGUACAUUGCACAAUCGAGAGCCUAUAGCUGCGUACAUUCGUGUAAAAUGUCGCGAGAGCAUGCUCCCAACAAACAUCUCGCCACUGCUCAACCCAUGGACCAGUCAAUGCUUUUGGAAGGAGAGAAAUUGCGACUGUCUUUUGAAAAUCUUAGUGAUCAAUCCACAUAUAUCAUUAUCAUGUUUGUUGAUGACAAGCGACGAGUUUUUAGCUUAUUUCCAUGUUUUACAGAGUUUUGGGAUGUGAUGAAUUUUCAUCAUGUUCCUGGAGGUAACCAUUUAGUGGUUCAAAUCGAUACAAAUAUGUUGCCAUUUCAAAAAGAUGCCAACAACUCAACGAAACAACAGACAACAACCACAGUGAAAAACUUUCAAAUUAUUUGUUGUUCGGUAGUGAAAACUAUCAAGCAAGAAAAUAAUGGACAUUCGUUGUCGUUUGAAACCAGCUUUGAACCAGUGUUUCAACAUUUUGAUUUUUCAAUUCCAGUUCGAUCCUAA